AUGCAUCUCUUUUCUAUGCAAUCCCACACUCAGCCAAAAUGCACUCAAUGCAAGCAUUCUGAACUUAAUAAAUCAACCAAGAAUAGCAAAAUGUCUUCCAAAUCUAUGGCAUCUUUACGCAAGUUCUUCAUCAAGUCUAAAGACCGUCUUCGAUCCAACUUGUCUUCGGUGCCUUAUUUCACUCCCAAGUCCGAUACACACACCAGCUGUUGUACUUCUUAUGUGUCUUCUACAUCAACAGUAACCUCUUUCAUAACCUGUCAGUCUGGAAUCUCCGAGGAUCAAGUCUCGUCGCGUCCUUUAUCACAGAAAUCACUAGAGUUGGAGUCCCUUAUAUUCGAUCAUCCCUCAGUGACUCUUCGGAUCAGCUUGACACCCACUUCUUUUUGUCAAUACAUUUGCCAGUGUCAAUGGACUCAGCAAAGCAAGAGAUACAGUUUAUCCACCCUGAAACUCUUGCUCUCUGCACCAAUCCUAGUUUCUAGUCUAUUAGCCUCAAUCGUUUAA